UGGCUAUUAGCAGAUUUGUCACUGAUUUUUUUUUUUGUAAUUUGUCAUUAAAAAAAGGCUGUGUGAAACGGGUCCAAGGAGUCAACAUGGGUUCUAAAUCAUCCAAAAUUUCCGCUGCUGGUCCAUCGAAACCUAACACAGCAGCCAGAGAUAAUGUACGCAAGAAACCACUGAUCGCUAAAGAUGAUAAACAAACCAACUACGAACCAUCGACCAAGAAGAGAUCCAAACAAAGCACGUCAAAGAAAAAGGGUUCCAUCGUGAUCGAUGAGUACGGACGCCGGACAUCGACGGUCACCAAAGUGGGUACGAAGACGACAAGGACGCGGAAGAAGACAUUGGAUCCGCUCAACUACAAGGGAGAGGAAAUGAAGGAAUUACGUUACAAACAUGCAAAGAAGGAGAAAGGGGAGAAGACAUCGAAAAAGAGAAAAGGGAAUGAUGAUGAUGACGACGACCAUAUCGCAUUGGGUAAUGAUGUUCUUAGCGAAACUCCAUGCUGUGACGAUGAUGAGGACACGAUUAAUCUUAUACAGUAUGAGAAUUUCGAGUAUCCAUUCGAGAAUAUUGUCUUUGAAGGAGGAGGAAAUAAAGGAUUGGCCUACGCUGGUGCAGUCAGGGAAUUCGAACGGAUAGGGUUGUGGACGAAGAUUCGUCGUUUCGGAGGAGCGAGUGCGGGAGCAAUGUGGGCAGCUCUACUGGCUGUCGGCUACAACUCGAAUGAGGUCGAAGAAUUCUUAAGCAUGAACCUCAAAGACUAUUUUCUAGACGCAUCCUGUGGAACUUGCAGCCUGUUUCCCAACCUCCGCCGCCAUUUUGGAUGGCAUCCUGCUCGUCGCUUGUUCGAGUGGUUCGGCGACCGUCUAGAAGACAUGACUGGUGAUGCCGAUAUCACGUUUAGUCAGCUGUACACGCGAACGGGCAAGGAACUCUGUAUUGUGGUCACCAAUCUUAGUCAGAUGAGCGCGGAGUAUUGUCACGCCAAGACCACGCCCAACUUGCCAAUCAGGAUGGCCGUGCGCAUGUCCAUCGCCAUACCAGGUUUAUUUGGAGCAGUUCGGAGCAAAGGGAGGACAAAUUGUGACGUGUACGUCGAUGGGGGCGUCCUGUGCAAUUAUCCGAUUCACUGUUUUGAUGGAUGGUGGUUAUCCAUGAAGCCAGCAGACAGUAUGCUGAGACGUCUCCAGCCCUUAGAAGACAUCGGAAGAUUGUGGGACAGGAAAGAGAGAUUCGGCACCACCAACCCGCAUACAGUGGGCUUGUUCUUGUAUACAAGUGAUGAACAGGACGUGAUGGUUGAUAAGCUAGCCAAACGAGAAGCCAGCAUGCCACCACAGGAACUACCCGCGACAAAGCUAGCAGGCCGACGAAAUAGGAUAAAAAAGAAACGUGAAGAAGAGACGAGGAAACAUGCCCUGGUGACCGCUGCUAUGUCGGGAUUUUUGAAACUACUCAGUGAGAUUGACAUCAAUCAGAACAGUAUCAUCAGCAGGGAUGAACUCAAAGAUGCUUUCUCAAAGAACCCACCGUACUUCAAUGCUAAACAUCGGAAGGAUCUGUUCGGUAACGAUAUGACGGUAGAUGAGAUCUUCGACAAUAUGGACCAUAAUGCUGAUGACGAGAUAACGUUUGAUGAACUACAGGCAUUUGCCGAGGAGCGAGGGGUGGGGAUCCAAGCAAACUUCCAGGGCUACGGUCGCAAGGAGAUCAACGGGUUAUCAGACUUCUUAGGGACACUGCAAGAGACAUUACUCGUCAAUGUGAAGAGGAUUUUUGUAACGGAAGGAGACGUCAAUCGAACAUUAGGUAUCGAUACUGUGUAUGUCGAUACUACAGACUUCGUGCUUGAGGCGGAGGACAAAGAAUUUCUUAUCCAGCAAGGAGUACGUGGUGUGCAGGCCUUUCUACGUUACUAUGUCAGGCAGAAUGACCCACCUCUGAAAGCCAGUCUACGAGGCCCCAAUGACACACGGAGUACAGUCAUGUUUGAUGAUCUUCAUAGAUGAUCAGGCCCCAGGAAAUGUAUAGUGGCCCUGAAGGGACAUCGCGAAUAGACGAAAUCGCGAAUUAUUCACGACGAAAUUGGCGACGAAAUUGACGACGUCGUGAAUUUUGUCGCGAAUAUCGUCGUGAAUAAUUCGCGAUUUCGUCUAUUCGCGAUGUCCCUUCAGGGCCACCAUAAAUAUGUGGCUUCCCUGGUAGAAGAACAUCAUUCUCGUCCGGGUUUACGCUCGUCAGAACUACUUCUUGUCCAAGUUCCACGUACCCGUACGACUACGGAUGUAUGGUGAUCGUGCCUUCUCUUCAGUUGCUCCACGCCUCUGGAACUCCCUCCCUUCUGUUCUUCGCAACACCAACACACAGGAAAGCUUUAAAGCAAGCAUCAAACCCAUUUGUUCAAGCAAAUAGUCCAUAACUAUUGGAGGAGCGGGCGCCUUCGAAUGUUUGAAAUAGAUAAAUGACGCCAAACAACUGCUUUGGAUCAUCAUCAUCAUCAUCAUCACCACCACCAUCAUCAUCAUCAUCAUCACCAUCAUCAUCAUCAUCAUCAUCAUCAUCAUCCCUUACAUCACUGGUGUAGCCUAGAUUCAGUCCGGGAAAAACACACGAAAUCCUCAUUUAGGGUGUAAUUUGGAUUCAGAAUAAAUCCUUGUUUGGGGGGUGUCCGGGAAGCAACUUAGACAAAAAAAAAUUCUCGGAAUGAAUUCUGGAUAAAUAACAUUUUAUAAGCAAAGUAAAUUUGCCCUUGCAUCAAAUCAUCGUUGCCAUAUCAUGCACUUUUUCGUAUCAAUGCACAUGUAGACCAUCAAAGCAAGGAGUUAUUUGAUUGGAUGCAUUAUUGAGUGUAUCUGUUUUUAACAUUUAUCUUUCACGAAGAUUCCAAGGACAAUUUAUCUGUCUUCAGCAUGUAUAAUGGUAUAUUAUAAUUAGAAAUGUUGUCCACAUCCAGUGGUGAAUGUCAUGAAAUUAUUUUGACAUCUUUGUAUAUUAAAACAUCUGAAUAAAAUACAUAUGUUAACAGAUGAAUAAAAUACAUGUAUCUACACUCAUGUACAAUGACCGGGCAUGGGGGCUCAGUGGUUAGAGCGCCCGCCUCAUGAACGGGAGGUCGUGGGUUCGAACCCCGGCCGAGUCAUACCAAA